AUGUCCAAGUCCGAGUUCGUCGACUUGAUUAAGCCCAUUGGGGAGCGCAUGGUCCACUACGACCCGACCAAGCCACCAAACGACCAACCCAAGAACGAUGCCACCGACCCAACUCGAGCAGUCCCACAAGGCUUUAUCGACGCCAUGAUCGUGCGCGAAGAAGUCUACGUGCAAGAGCAGAAAGUGCCACUGGAGAACGAGCUGGAUGAGGACGAUGCGCGUAGCUUUCACUGGAUCGCAUAUGCCUCCAUACCCGCAAAGGCAGUCGCGAACGGCAAUGGCAGUGGCGAGAGGAGGUCGUCAAACACAAGCACAAAGAUUGCCAUCGGCACGAUUCGCCUUGUCCCGCCACCACAUGCAGCACACCCAGGCCAUGAGCCUACAAUCCAGCAGACCAACAGCAAUGGCGAGAAGGAAGCAUACAUCAAGCUUGGUCGACUUUGCGUCAUCAAGGAGUUCCGCAAAGCUGGCAUCUCCAAGUUGCUGAUUGAGACAGCUCUAGCGUAUGCGAGGGAGAACCCGUACGAGGUCGGACCACAUCUCGACCCAGCAUCGAUGGAGGCACUGAAGAAGGGUCUGGCGUUGAACUUCAAGGGUCUGGUCGUGAUUCAUGCACAGACUGGCGUAGCGAAGAUCUGGAAGCGAUAUGGCUUUGAGGUGGAUGAGGGUAUGGGCAAGUGGGACGAGGAAGGCAUCGAGCAUAUCGGCAUGUGGAAGAGGAUCGAUGUUACUGAUGGCAGAAGGAAGAGCAAGAUCUGGUUGGCUACCAAUCCGACUGGUCAGUAG